GUUUCCCGUUGGGCUCUGUCUUCAUAUCCACCAGCCGCUUCCUCUGCGAUUGACGACUUUUCAAGGAUUAGCGUCGCCGGAGGUUACGUUGCGGUAUAUAAACGAGGUCGAGGAGCUCUUGAGAGCCAUCGAACUUCGCGCCACAAUACAAACGAAAACAUCAUGCAGCUGCAAGCAGCUUUCCUGGUGGUUUGUUUGGUGGUCCUGCAAGACGCCUGGGCGGGCUACCACAUCCACGAGCGCAUCAAGGUCUACGGCCACAAGCACUACAAGCCCUUCUACGGAUUCAACAAGUUCGCUCCAAAGAAGGUGGUUCUAGUGGAGGAGUACCUCCCACCCAAGUACGGAUUUGACUACAGCUUCGGGGGUCUUGGAGACUACAGUCACCACGGCUUCAGUCACGAGUACGCCGACUACAGUGGAUACGGAAAAGUCGUAACCAUCUUCAAGGACCACCAUCUCGGCGGAGAACUGGAUUUCGGUGAAUUCUGAACUGGACACCGUUACAAAGGCGUCAUUGUGGGCUUCAUCACAGCAGUGCUGGUGGCGAGAGCGAGCUGUCACAACAUCCAGUAUUUCCGGCAACUUCGAC